UCAACAUGGCGCUGAUACACUCAGUAUGUAUUAACGCGUAGCCGGGUUCGAAAUGUCGAAUUCUUUACACCAGACCAGUUUUCACCGCAGCGCUUUGUAGGAUAGUGGCCCUGCAAGACUAGCAGUAAAACGUAGUAGAUAUGGCCAACGUUGAUGCAUUUGAAGAUGUUUCAUUGGAAACGGGUGACUUCGAAGAGUUUCACUAUGAGACUCAGUAUGUGGUACUGAAUUAUUUGGGAAUGGUGCCCCCGGUGUUGGAGCUAGGCUCACAGGAUGGUGACGAAUCGGAUGGGGAUAAGCCAGAUGAUGAGGAUUACACCACAAAGUCAUCGGCAGUCGGGACAGAGAAGUCUCACCAAGAGGAUCAGAGAUCGCCGAGUACACCAGACAGCCAGUUGCUUGUAGGACGGUUAGAGUUGGAGGAACCCAAGAUGACAAGUGAAGAAGAACUCGUCAGAUCAGAGAUUGAAGAGAGUUACCUGACACAUUAUAAUGCAGAUGAAAGCGAAGCAGAACAGUGCGGUGUAUCGCCGAGUUUGGAAAGUUCAGCAGGGUCAUCAAAUGUAAGUCACGGCACGCCGAUACUAAUAGUUGAGCAAUAUAUGGAGAGUAUACAAUGUUACCAUCGAGAAAGACUGGAGCGAAGAUCUAAUAAUACUAACUUAACAACCCUGGUGAUGCCGCUGAGGGAGGAGGUGUGUCAUCAUUUGGAUACUUUGGAUGAACGCAGAGGAUGCGUGUCACCAAGAAUAUGGGCACUAAGUCCCAGUUUAGAUACGCAGGAGCCCCCGCCGCCACCGAGUCCCGAAGCGAUAAUAGCCAGCAGAAUAGCAGCCAUCGGAGACCAAAUUAUGCUGGAACAUCAAAAUCAUACGGAACUUAACUCCGCUGUCAAGAAACUUCUUGGUCACAAUGGAACGUUGGAUUAUAAUGCAUUUAAAGAAGUCGCUAAAGAUAUGAUUGAUACUGAAGAGCCCUCUAGUGGUUGGCAUCAGAUUGCAUCGGUUCUGAACUUCAGUCGUCAUGUAGCACUAAGUUUGAUGAGAAAGGGACAAAGAAUUGGGCAGUUAACGGAGUAUAGCGUAAAGUUGAUAGAGGAGAAUAUGGCAAACUUCAUCGUGGAUCAAGGAGGAUGGGAGGCAGUAUCGAGGAUAAACAUUGAGGACUAUUCAUCUUCUGAUCUUUCAUAGCACCACCAGUGAAUUUUCAUUACCCAUGUCACCAUGGCCAGAAGGAACUUUGCUCACACCUCCAGUGUUUCGUAAAAGCUCUGGAUCAGAUGUCAGUGACCCUGGUAGUGGACCCCCUAGUCCAUCGUGGAAAGACUAUGGACAAACAUAUCAUAUUCCAGGGAGACCACAUCGCUUAGGAGCCAGUAAUUUACUAACACCUGGCAACUUUCGUAUGUUGCCUAGCAACCAAGGCA